AUGGCUGAAACUUCCAAAUAUCACUCCGCCCUAGCUGUCACCAAUGUGAAACAUCUUAUUUCUAUUAACUUGGACAUGGAAACAAGCCAAUAUCACUCAUCGACAACCUUAUUUAAGUGGAUUUAUGCCACUAUUUCUCCUGAUAUUCUCACACAGACCCUUGUGGCUGAUGACUCUGCCGAAAAUGCUUGGCAGCAUGUCGUUGACUUAUUUCAAGAUAACAAAAACUAUAGGGCAGUAUAUCUUGAAACUCAGUUCACAAACACAAGUUUGGCGGAUUUCUCAAUGGCCUCUGCCUAUUGCAAUCGACUCAAAUCUCUUGCUGACCAAUUAUCCAAUGUUGGGGCUCUUGUUUCAGAUCAACAUUUAGUACUUCGCUUGCUUGUUGGCUUAAUCGAAGCCUAUACUGGUUUUGUCACGGUUAUGCAGCAAGGAUAA